AAGAAGGAAGAGAUUCAAAAGAGAGUUUUGAGAUUUGAGAAAGGAUAAUGGAUAGACAUGGAGAUCAAACUUCCUUCUCUAGCAUAAGAUCAUACUUCAGGGCACUUUCCGAUACACCGCGCCGCCUUGCUCGGCGAGCUGUCUCUUCUUCAACCUCUUUUGAGGAGAUGAGCAGAGUCAGGGCACGCUCUGGCACCGAUAUGCGCCGCAGUCUCAAGUGGAUUGAUUUGAUCGGAUUUGGCGUCGGAGGAAUGGUCGGAGCCGGUGUAUUCGUUACCACCGGACACGCUAGCCGUUCAUUGGCUGGUCCUGCCGUCAUUAUCUCAUACGCCAUUGCCGGAAUCUGUGCUCUUCUCUCAGCUUUCUGCUAUACAGAGUUCGCCGUUGACAUGCCCGUCGCCGGAGGUGCAUUCAGUUACAUACGCGUCACAUUCGGGGAGUUUACUGCUUUUUUAACCGGUGCAAAUCUGAUCAUUGAUUACGUUCUGUCAAACGCCGCCGUGGCUAGAAGUUUCACGGCGUAUUUUGGCACCGCCAUUGGAAUAUCCACAGAGACGAAAUGGAGAUUCAGUGUUUCGUCUUUACCGGAAGGAUUUAACGAGAUUGAUCUCUUAGCCGUCGCCGUCGUUCUCAUUAUCACCGUCGUCAUCUGCUGCAGCACGAGGGAGAGUUCGACGGUGAAUUUGAUCUUGACGACGCUUCACAUUCUGUUCAUCUUGUUUGUGAUCUUGAUCGGAUUCUGUAGAGGGAAUGUGAAAAACAUGACCGAACCAUCUAACCCGAACAAUCCGGGUGGGUUUUUCCCAUUUGGAGCGUCAGGGGUGUUUAAUGGAGCGGCUACAGUGUAUAUGAGUUACAUAGGGUACGACGCCGUUUCCACUAUGGCUGAAGAAGUCCUUAACCCUGUUAGGGAUAUUCCAAUCGGGGUUUCUGGCUCUGUUAUAAUAGUCACCAUUUUCUAUUGUCUCAUGGCUACUUCAAUGUCUUUUCUCCUCCCUUAUGAUCUGAUAGAUCCGGAGGCACCCUUUUCAGCUGCAUUUAAAGGAAGAUCAGACGGCUGGAGUUGGGUUUCAAACGUAAUAGGAGUUGGGGCCAGCAUGGGAAUAUUGACAUCUAUGCUCAUAUCAAUGUUGGGUCAAGCUCGAUACAUGUGUGUGAUAGGAAGGUCUGGUAUUGUCCCUGUUUGGUUCGCUAGGGUUCAUCCAAAGUCAUCAACGCCUGUCAACGCCUCUGUCUUUCUAGGAAUAUGCACUGCAGUCAUAGCUCUGUUCACGGAUCUGGGCAUCCUUCUAAACCUGGUGACAAUAGGAACACUGUUCGUGUUCUACAUGGUGUCGAACGCUGUCAUAUUCAGGCGUUACGUUUCGUUGGGGACAACUAGCCCAUGGCCAACAAUGGCGUUCUUAUCAUGUUUCACAAUGACAUCUGUUGUAUUUAUCUUGACAUGGAAAUUGGCUCCAUCAGGGACUCCGAAAACAUUAAUGCUUGGGACAUGCACGGUGAUUGGAAUUAUAGUGGUUCAGGUGUUCAAAAUGGCGGUUCCCCAAGUAAGGAAACCGGAGUUCUGGGGAGUACCGUUGAUGCCAUGGAUACCGACAAUGUCGAUAUUUUUGAACGUGUUCUUAUUGGGGUUUAUAGACAAGGCUUCGUACGUAAGAUUUGGAUUCUUCUCUGUUUUAAUAGUUUUAGUGUAUGUUCUGUAUGGUGUUCACGCUAGCUUUGAUGCUGAAGGGGAUGGAACUCUUUUUAAUGCUCAAACUAUAUCUAACAAGGAGGAUGAAGAAGAGGACCACACUGCAAAUUCUAUCCAAGUCUAACAGGGUUUUAGAAAUUUAGUAUUUUAUUUUUUUUAAUGUCAAUCUGUAUAGAUGCCCAGAUUUUGUGUUGGGAUCUUUUAUUAUUAUUAUUAUUAUUAUUUAUG